GAGAGGCGCGCUGCCUGCUGCCCAAGGCGCUGUCUGUUCUAUAGUUUCAGAGCGCGGAACCUUCUCAACGCGUCCCCUCAGGGACCUCGUGUUCAGUCACAGGUUACCUGUAGCCUAUAUGCACUGACCACGAGAGGCACGACGAACUCACAUAAUAGGAGAUUGAGAAUCACAGGCAUAAACUUUCGAUUUCUAAGAAGCCUCCUUUAAAAGCCUUGGAGUAAGAUCGGAGUCAUCAGAACGCCGUGAGAUUCCAUUUGGGUACCGCGGUUUGAGAAAGGAGAGAAGUCGGUGUGAUGGUUAAGGAAUACAUAUGGGAUUAUUGUGGACAUGAAUGUACCGGGAAGUGUUGACAAAAUGUUCGUCAAUAUGAUCUCUUUUGUCACAUACCUGAAGUUAAUUGAUCUACUCUGAAUACUUCGACUCAACGGUUUCGAUGGUCGCUUGGAUAAUAAGGGAUGAUUCGGGAAAUUAAUAGUUUUAAAAAAAUGCAAUAUGCUAUGAAUUGAACUCAUUAAGUAGCCUACAAGUGGGUGCUUGAAUAUCGGACAUCUAUACAUUUUGAUCUAUAGAUCUGAGAAGACUAAAACACCAAGCCAUGUCUUGUGUGCUGGUGUUUGUGAACUGUGUGAUCCUGUUGCUCUUCGCCAGCGACAUGUUCUUGGUCAGAGCAAACCGCCCUCCUGCUCCCGUGAACGUGUCUGUGAUGCACCUGAGGGCCGACUCCGCCACCGUCUCCUGGGAGGUACCUGAGGGUGACGUCGUCAUCGGCUUCUCCAUAUCACAGCAGAGACAGCAGGGCCACACCCAGCGCUUCAUCAGGGAGGUGAACACCACCAGCAGGGCCUGUGUUCUGUGGGAUCUGGACGAGGAGACAGACUACAUUAUCCAGGUCCAGUCCAUUGGUCUGUAUGGAGAGAGUCAGGCCAGCAAGAAGGUCCACUUCAGAACCCUCAAGAAGUCUGACCGCUUCCUUUCCAACAGCUCCAAUCAAG